ACUCAAUCAUGUCUGAAGCCACUUUUUUGAGUCGUCUUCGUUUGUGGACUACUCUCUCUUCCUUAGCCUUCCACCAAACUCAAGAAAAGAUCAAAGAAAACUCAAUCAUGUCUUCUCCGAGCAAGCGCAGGGAGAUGGAUUUGAUGAAACUGAUGAUGAGUGACUACAAGGUGGAGAUGAUAAAUGAUGGCAUGCAAGAGUUCUAUGUGGAAUUCAAUGGACCGAAAGACAGUCUUUAUCAGGGGGGUGUGUGGAAGAUAAGGGUGGAGCUGCCGGAUGCUUAUCCUUAUAAAUCUCCUUCUGUUGGUUUUGUCAAUAAAAUUUACCACCCAAAUGUUGAUGAAAUGUCUGGUUCUGUAUGUUUAGAUGUUAUCAAUCAAACAUGGAGCCCGAUGUUUGAUUUGGUGAAUGUGUUUGAAGUGUUUCUUCCUCAGCUUCUUCUGUAUCCCAAUCCAUCAGAUCCAUUGAAUGGAGAAGCUGCUGCAUUGAUGAUGCGUGAUCGUACUGCGUAUGAGCAGAGAGUAAAAGAGUACUGUGAGAAGUAUGCGAAGGCAGAAGAUGUUGGAGCAGCCGCUGAGGAAAAGUCUAGUGAUGAGGAGUUGAGUGAAGAUGAUUAUGGCUCUGAUGAUGAGGCAAUUGCUGGCCAACCAGAUCCAUAGGUGCAUAAUGCACCUUCUAUAAGAAAAUAUAUGUACAUGAAAUCAUUUCCUGGAAAUAGAAUUUGACAAUCUCUGAAGAGCUAUGGAAAUUCCAGUCCUUGGAUCUUUAUUUUCCUUGGAAGAUGUGUAAAUUAAUUAGCUCUAGCUUACUGCUCCAAAUAUUCAUUUGCUUGUGUUGGGACUGUAAGAACAGUGUCUGGUUGGUUGUGUAUGACUCAUGCACGCACCGAUUUCUAAGUACAGAUGACUUUUAGCUGGUUCCAAUAACUUUGUUGAUAUCUUGAGAAAUAUGUUUGUUCAUGUUUCCUCUCA